CGGAACGAGUUUUUGUCCAUCUGGUUUCUCUUCUCUCUGACUCUAUUUGAGCGUACAUAACCAAAAAGAAACAGCGAGUCGCAAACGCAUAGCCAAAUUUGUCGGAGAGAAAUACUGUCCGAGAAUUUUUUGAUUCAAGAACCUGUUCAUAUAUGUAUGUUAUAUAAAACAGUAUGUCUUGGAUUCUAAACAUUGUGCGUACUGCUGCGAAUGCUACAUGGACACCUCAAGUGACUCCCGUGCGAUUUCGUUACUAUACAGACAAAUUAAAGAAUCCCUAUAUACGACGUUAUGGAUACAAGGAUCCUAUAGAUAUGAGAGGUCUUCUACCUCGUGAGAGCAACAAACGUAUUCUAGAGAUGCCAAUCUAUCGUCCGAAGGACAGCUGGAACGAGAAGAGAGCACUGUUCGGUCAGAACGAUUACAUCGACAUACUGGGUUCCGACAAGAUUCAUCCAACAAGAAUUCUCUACAAUGUUCCAGCUUGGUUAAGAGGCGUUCACGGUAAUGAGUUUCAAGUUUUGUUGAGAAAAAGGAAAAUGCUACAGCACGGUGUAUUUCCACUUGCAAGACCGACAAAAUGGAGAGACUUAAAUAAAAGGAUACGUUAUCUGUAUAAAUUUUUAAAUCGUAAAACUCCAACACGAUAAGUCAUCAGAAAUCAGCUGUAGAUAUUUAUUAAAACAUAAAUUUAAUUCUCUUCAAGUUUUUACAGUAUAUUUGAAAUUUCUGGAAGGUGUUGCGCGCGUUCUUACAUCCUUUUCUUUUAUCUUGCGAAAACCGUUUAUAUGUAAAAUGUUAAUCAAAAACGUUUUUUUUUUGUGUGUAAUAAUAAUUAUAAUAAUAAAAAUUAUAAAGUAAUAAAUUGUUUCUAUUGACAAGUAAUUUAU